CGCCGCCGCCGCGCCAUGAGCCAGUUCAGCUUCGGGGCGGCCGCGCCCGGCGGCGCCUUCAGCCUGGGCGCGCCCAGAGCCGCCGCCACCACCACGGCCACCAGCGGCUUCUCCUUCUCCGCGCCCGCCGCCGCCGCCGCCUCCACCGCCUUCAGCUUCGGCAGCGCGGCGCCGGCGGCGGGCGGCAGCCAGCCCGCCGGGCUCUUCUCCUUCAGCAGGCCGGGCGCAGCCGUGCAGCCCUCCGGCUUCAGCUUCGGCUCGGCCGCCGCGGCCCCCGCGGCCCCGGCAGCCGCCGCCUUCCCGCUGGGGGCAAACACCCCAAAAGUGAACUUUGGAGCCAGCACUGUCACUUCAGCUCCUGGAAUCACGGGGGGCUUUUCUUUUAGUGCCCCUGCUGCAACCAGCACACCCUCGAGUCAGGCAGCAGCCCCAUCCGGCUUUUCCUUUGGCUCUGCUGGCACCAGCAGCACCAGCACGGCUCCGUCUGGGACGACAGGAGGCUUCACCUUCUCCAGUGGCACCACGACUCAGGCGGGAACAGCCGGCUUCAGCAUCGGCACCGCGGCUCCACAGGCAACGUCCGCGGGGCUGACCUUUGGCACGGCCCCUGCGGCUGCUGCCACCACCAGCACGGCCACCCUGGGAGCGGCCACCCCGUCAGCAGCGCCCUUCAGCCUCGGGGGGCAGCCCACAGGUCUAACCUUUGGGGCACUGCCUUCAACAGCAGCCACCAGCACAACCACGGCAACGCUGACCACAAGUACCAGCCAGGCACCCACCCUGUCCUUUGGAACCAAGCUUGGAGUCACAUCCACAGCUGCCACCACAGCCUCCACCACCAGCACCACCUCAGUGCUGGGCUCCACGGGGACCUCGUUGUUUGCAUCGGUGGCCACUUCUUCAGCCCCAGCCUCCUCCUCCUCCACCACCACAGGCCUCUCACUUGGUGCCACUUCCACGGGGACAGCCAGCCUGGGGACACUGGGCUUUGGACUGAAAGUUCCUGGAACAACAGCUGCCACAACAAGCACUGCCACUGGGACUACUUCUGCUUCUGGCUUUCCUUUGAAUCUGAAGCCAUUGACUACGACUGGUGCCAUUGGAGCUGUGACCUCCACAGCUGCCAUAACCACAACCUCCACAACCAGUGCCCCCCCAGUGAUGACUUAUGCCCAGCUGGAGAGUUUGAUAAACAAGUGGAGCCUGGAACUGGAAGACCAAGAGAAGCACUUCCUGCAUCAGGCUACACAGGUCAAUGCCUGGGACCGGAUGCUGAUAGAGAAUGGGGAGAAGAUCACUUCGUUACACAGAGAAGUGGAGAAGGUGAAGGUUGAUCAGAAGAGACUGGAUCAGGAGCUCGACUUCAUUCUGUCCCAGCAGAAAGAGCUGGAGGACUUGCUGACCCCUCUGGAGGAGUCUGUGAAGGAGCAGAGCGGCACCAUCUACCUGCAGCACGCCGAUGAGGAACGGGAGAGGACCUACAAACUGGCUGAAAACAUCGAUGCUCAGCUGAAGCGCAUGGCACAAGAUCUGAAGGACAUCACAGAGCACUUGAACACAACAAGAGGCCCAGCAGACACGAGUGACCCGCUUCAGCAGAUCUGUAAAAUUUUGAAUGCACACAUGGAUUCCCUGCAGUGGAUUGACCAGAACUCAGCUGUGCUGCAGAGAAAGGUGGAAGAGGUGACAAAAGUCUGUGAGAGUCGCCGCAAGGAGCAGGAGCGCAGCUUUCGGAUCGCAUUUGAUUGAAACACUCCCAAGUGCAAAGGAUGAACAUAAAGUCUCCACAGAAAACAACAGAGGUGUUAGAGGUCUGAAAUCAUGACCUGGUUUUGUUUCUUUUCUUGUAAUAAAAUGUGUUGUUUGUUCCAAAUACAGUCUUUGUUGUGUUGGUCAGGAGAAGUUAAGACAGUGCCUGAAGUCUCUGGGGAAGUGUGGUCUCUGUGCUUUAU